AUGAACAAUAGUCCAGAUAUUAUCACCCUUAUCCAGAGUAGGAUAAACCAUAUCAACUAUCUCUUAUGCCUCCAGAAUGGUGAUUUCUACUAUAUGAACAGUGUGAAGUUGACACCGUCACACAUCCAAUAUUUGGUCCACCAUUUCCCCUUGAAGGUGAACAGUGUUGUACGAAUGGGGUUGAGUAUCGGGUCAUUAUUGAAUCUUCCAAUAACAUCGGCUGCCAAAGUAAACAAGGUCCUUCAACAUAUCGUCAAUGUGUUUAGUGAGAUUGCGUUGACCGAUGAGGUAUAUUUAGAUACCGCGUUGAAUAAUUUAGAAGAAGAGUUUGCCAUGGAUAUUCAGAGAGAACAAAAUAGUGGUAGACAACAUAGUUUUGGAAGCCACCAGCAUACUCGUGGCAAUAACACGAAUUCCAGGCACCAGCCUUCUCAAUCAUCAUCCAGACGGUUGAAAAGUUCUAGGUCGAUUGGGGAUUUGAAUAAAUUACUCAAUCUUAAUAAUGACACCCUAUCCCCAAAAAGUGAAAGUAAUCGCACUCCUGGUAUUGGUGCUGGAGCCCGAAAUUUUGGUAGUCCUUCAUUUGGGAAAUUCCAAAAUCCUGCCUCUCCUUCACCUACGGGAUCGCCAGCAAGGCAACAUGAUCAGAGAAAGAUGAAUACCACGCCAACGAAGCAAAAAGUGACCCCAAAUAGACUCACUUCAACUUUAAGAAAAAUGAAAUCUUCAAAUACUUUGCUUUUGAAAAGUACCUCUAAUGACCAGCUACAUGGACAUAAUACCAAACAUGAACCGUUACCACAGUUGGAGAUCAAAAAUUCUAAAUUGGAAUUGUCAGCUUCGAAUAACAAGAACACAGGAAGCUUUACAAAACACUUUUCCGAAAAGAAUUUCCCGAUCAAUUUCCCAAUGGAUGCAAUGUAUUCUUUGAACAAUUUCCUCACACUUUUACUCAAAUUCUUUGAAAAGCUUUUGGCUUAUAUCAAUGAAAACAAUCCAAAUAUUAUGAAGAUAAAGGCGAUGCAAAAACAACAUGCUGACAGCCUCCUUGCUCCAUCACCAUCAAAUCUUUCGACUUUAAAUAUUGUGGCAUCUAACUCCAGUAAUACCAUCGCUACGGAUGAUGCACCAUUCGACUUUUCUCAACCUCCCGCCACAAGACCGUUAUUUUUCCCACCUCCACAUUCGAAUAACUCCUUCACUUCAUUGACUACCUCCAAGUCAUCGUCUUCAAUGAAUUAUCUUAAUGUUAAUGAUAGAGAUAGUAGCUUGCCGUAUAACGGAACCAUUGGGUCUCCAACUACUACUAAAAGUUCGGUAUCUAACCAUAGUACCAACAUUAACUCCAAUGGAGUCUUUUCUACUCCAGGAGCUAUUUCCAAAAAGCAACUAUAUACCAAUAAUGGGGUGACUCCAGAUAACAUUUCUGAGUGUUCACAGCCUUUCCGGACCCCAAGUGGCCAUUCGCACCAAAUGAGUGGUGGAUAUCACAAGCUUUCAUUCCCAAGCUCACCUGCCCAAAUUCUGAUUCCUCCACCUCCAGUCUUUCAAACUCCGCAAAUUGAAGGGAUUAACACUGCCACCGUUGAUUUACUCAAACUGUUAGAUGUGAAGAUUCAAAAGGAUGUAUUUGAACCAAUCUUUGAAGUAUUUGACACGAUUGGAGAAAGUGUGAUGCAUCAUGAAUUAGAUAACUUGAUUGAAAUAUUGGGUAGGGGAAAUGGAAACGAUGAUGACUUUUUCUAA